AGUGGUGGGCGUCGGCGGGGGUGCGUUGGUGCACUCUUGUUGUAUCGCGUAUCUGUUCAGAAAAUGGCCCCCAAAAAGCGCGAUCGUGAAGAAGAAAAUGGAAGGACAAUUUCCACAGAUCAGUUGAAGCAGGAUCACGAGAUGUUCCUCCAGGCAUUUGAAAAGCCAACCCAAAUAUACAGGUAUCUACGGGCUCGAACCCUUGUUUCGCCACUUUUUCUGCACAGAAACCUGAUCUACAUGAAAAGAGCAUCCAGGAAAAAGUUGAAGUCCAAGCUGACCCAUGUGGACACACUUUUAUCCAUGAUGGAGAAGAAACAGCACGACCUGGCCCACUGCACGCCAGGACAGUAUCUGACCAUCUCACACAUCGGCUUCUACGUUAGCAAAGAUGACUCGCCGCCCGCCUCCGUGCGCGUGGAGACGACGCUGAAGAAGCUGUGCCACAAGCGGCGCAAGGAGGGCGCCGCGCCGGUCGUCACGACGUCGUUCGGCACCAACGAGGUGGUGGUGAACCCCAGCGAGGCGUCGGCGCCGCCCACUGUGCCCACCUCCUGCAUACCAGCCGAGAGCUUCUCCACGCAGAACGGCAGCGGCCCAAAGACGUUCGUGCUGGCGGUGCGCGUGUUUCCCUUGCCCGGCAACCGGGAGAACGAGGAGCCGAACCCGAAGCGGCGCAAGGUGGGGCGCGCCUCGUCGUCCGCGUCCGCGGCGGCGGCGUCGUCGUCGGAGCAGCUGCGCGCCGAGCUGGCGGUGACGGAUCGCGCCGGCCGCUGCCUGCUCUCGGACGGCGAGUACGACGUGCUGCUGACGGCCGAGGAGCCGCCGGCCCGCGAGACGCGCGCCGGCGCCGGCAGCCCGCGCAAGACCUCCUGGGAGAGCUUCGACGACGGCAAGGCUCCCGUACCACUCGACUCAUUCCAGUCAGCUCCCACGCUGAAGCUGCGGUUGGCCUGGACCAAUCAGAUGCCGCAGCCGACCGUCGAGAGGCCCCGCCCACUGCAGCCGCGAGACACCAAUCAGAUGGCGGCCGGCACCAAGAGGGGGCGGAGCAAAAAGGAAGAGUCGAGCAGCAGCGCCAAUAGCCGCGAGAGCUGGUCGGUGGACAAGGAGAAGCCGACGGGCGUGGAGCCGGCCUCGCCGCCGCCCCCGCCGCUCAUCCUCUACCAGUUCAUCUACGGGCCGGCGUCGCGCCAGCAGACGGAGGCGCGCCAGGACCUGCUCUGCCCCUGGUGCUCGCUCAACUGCCACAAGCUGUACCCGCUGCUGAAGCACCUGCAGCUGUGUCACGCGCGCUUCACCUUCUGCUACACGCCGUUCGCACGCGGCGCGCGCAUCGACGUGUCGCUGAACGAGUCGUACGACAGCUCGUACGCGGGCAACCCGCUGGACCUGGCGCGGCCGCCGACGGGCCGCUCGGGGCCCGGCCGCCGCACGCCCUCCACCAGCGUGCUGGUGUGCCGGCCGCGCCGUCAGAAGCCCAGCCUGGCCGAGUUCCAGCAGAGUGAGACGGAGGAGCGGAUGCGGCCGUUCGUGACCGGCCACAACCGGAUGUAUCACCGGACGGCCACCAACCUGGCCAUCCCGCCGGCCGAGCUGGCCUACGACUCGGAGGGCGAGCACGAUCACACGUGGCUGCGGACCAAGACGCGGCGCAUGAUCUACGAGUUCAGCGACGUCAACGAGGGCGAGAAGGCGCUCAUGGUCAUGUGGAACCUGCACGUGAUGAAGUACAAUUUCGUGGGCGACCUCCAGAUGCCCGCCGCGCUUAGCCUCUUCAUCGAACAGCACGGCGCCACCAUCGUCAACCGCAACCUCUACCGCAACUUCGUGCUGCACCUCUCCUCGUUGUACGACUUCGGCGUCAUCUCGCCCGGGCACAUACACCGGGCGAUCCAGCAGUUCCAGGAGCUGGUGGAGCGCGACGGCCUGUUGACCUCCACGCUCGUCAACAAUCUGCUGGGGGCCACCACCUGACCUGCGGCUGACGCCGGCGCGGCCCGUUGCCACCGCCGCCCCCGCCCCGGCAGCGGGCGGCGCACGCUCCACGUGGCUCGGCCCCACUAGACGACCGGCGCGGCCCACCGCCGCCGCCGUCGCCGCCGCUCGCCGGAAUGGCAGCGCGGCCGGAGAGUGCCGCAGGCAUGUGGAGAGGAGGCUGGGCGGCGGGCGCCGCCGAGGGUAUGGCUGGGAUAGCGGUGAUGAAUUGCGAUCAGAAUGAAUAGCGGUCAGCUGUAGUGAGUGGGACUGAGAGGGCCGUACGCGUCAGGUGAAGUCUGGAAGGGGUGUCGGUUCGGCUUGAAUAAGGUAAGGUGCGAUGAGGUGGGCUGUCGCGCGACGCCGGCUCCACAACGUGAAGAGAAAUACACGGUGGAGAAGGCCGAGGUCAGCGCACCGAGCGGACGCGGGCUGUCAAUACCGGUUCGAACCGGAUCAGACCGGCUCCGGGGCCGCCCCGCCCAACGCGCGGCUGGGUGAUCCGACCCCAGGCCUGGCCGACCGACCGUUCGACGGCGCCCGGUCUUGUGUGACGCCUGGCCGAGACACGCGCUCGGCUCAGGACCCCGCGGGCUCUGGCUGCCAGUGGGAGGGUCGUCAGAGUCGCCGGGGUCCGGUGGCUGGCAGGAGGCGCCGCCCGCCCCCC